CCAUCCCUAACUGAGCGUGGGAAGAAGCGAAGGGACAACUUGUCCCCUCGAUUUGUCGUUUUUCUUCAUCAGAAGAAAUUACUAACGAGUGGCAGUCGCCAGUAAUAAUCUCAGGGGUGGUAUUAAGGGAUUGAAAAUGUCUCGUCCACUGCAUUCUUUCAUCCAAAUCCGUAAUUAUGUUGCUAAAAAAAUACCAAAAUUUUGGAGUAAAGAUAAACAAGUGUAUGGGAACGUCAGUUAUUAUCCAAGACAUCCGGAUCACGUAGACCCACCGAUAACCCCCACAAAGCUCCUAGUAGUCCAACGCGUGAAGCCCUACGUUGGCAACCCCUACUGGCACAAACAAAUUCUCGACGCAUUCAAAUUGAACGAAAAAUACAGCAAAUGCGACAGAACUAAGAAAAGUGAAAUGAUUGUAGUGAAAAACACUCCAGAGGUUUGCGCCCAGUUAUGGAAGAUUAAACAUCUUAUCAGGGUGACACCCCUGAACCAGCCUAAUAAGCUUCCAGAGGACGAUGAUGUGCAUGCCACAUGGCUCAUGGAGAACGGAGAUCUCUUGCUCACCCCUAGGGUUGACCCGGCUAGAGAACAAGCGACUUUGGAUCACAUGAAGAAUCCCAAACGUCUGGAUCGUGAAACCCUGUCCUAUGAACUGAGAAUGAGGUGGUUGAACCCUUGGGACACGUGAGUUACAGAAACAUUUUUGGGCGGAAUGAGCGAGCAGGUGCAACAAGUGUUGAUUUUUUAUUUCAAUUCAUUGAGAGGAUAAAUAUGAAGCAUGUAUAUAGUUUAAGGAGAAGAUAAAGAAGAGGUA